AUGCAGUGCCUGAGCUGCCCCCUGCACCCCACAGCGCCCGGGGGGGCCCUGGGCCAGGCGCCCGAUGCCCCCCAGGGCUGCGCCCAGGGCAGCUGCUACCCGGCCACGGGCGAUCUGCUGGUGGGGCGCGCGCAGCGCCUGAGUGCCACGUCCACGUGCGGCCUGCGGCGGCCCCAGCCCUACUGCAUCGUCAGCCACCUGCAGGACGAGAAGAAGUGCUUCGUGUGCGACUCGCGGCGCCCCUACGACGCCCGCAGCAACGCCGGCAGCCACCGCAUCGAGAACGUGGUGACCACCUUCGCCCCGCGGCCCAAGAAGGCCUGGUGGCAGUCGGAGAACGGCGUGGAGCACGUCAGCAUCCAGCUGGACCUGGAGGCCGAGUUCCACUUCACCCACCUCAUCAUGACCUUCAAGACCUUCCGUCCCGCGGCCAUGCUGGUGGAGCGCUCGGCCGACUUCGGGCGCACGUGGCGCGU